UCCCAGUUCUCACAUCCAUUGCCAUCCAUCUCUGCUCUCUAGUGUGAGCAGCAAUGGGGUUCAUUCACAAGGGUGGGGUUUGGUGGUUCCUCCUGCUCGCCGGGGUGCUGCUGGCUGCGGCGGCGGCAGCAGGCGCGGAGCAGGACGAUGGGGCGGUAGCCACUGCUGUCCCGGAGGUGGAGGAGGCGGAUGAGGCCCGUCUGCGCGUCGAUGAUCCGGAGGAGAACGACUCGUGCGACCUCAAGUGCCAACACCACCAAGUUCCGGCGAGGAAAAAGCAGUGCGUCGACGAGUGCCACAGCCGGGAGCAUCACCACCCCAGCAGAGCGUCUUGCGAGAACAAGUGUAGCCACUGGCAAGACCCGACGAGGAAGGACCAGUGCGUGCAACAGUGCAUGCGCCGCGGCCUCAGCCUCGCUGUGGGCGGCGGCAACGACGUCGACGAGCACCGCCACGCCCAAGAGGAGGAGGUCGCCGGGCGUCCGUGCGACAGGGAGUGCCAACUGUCUUGCCAAAGGAAGUGUCAGGGCUGGAAAGAUCGGACCAAGCACCAACAGUGCGUGCGACAGUGCGUUCGCGGCAGCAACAUCGUCGACGACGAGCACCUCCGCGGCUGGGAAGCGGUGGCCGGCGCCAUCAUCGAGGCGGUGUGAGUGUCAUGUCACGCACCUAAUAAUAAUAAUAAUAAUGUAAGGGUAUAUGUCUUGCUAGGCAAAGGCGCGAGAAUAAAAGACCAAUAGCGUGCGGUAGCUGCAUGCUUGGCGUCGUUGGCGAUGCUCUCCUAGGACUAGGAGAGAGCUGCAUGGAACUCUGUUCCUUUUCCUUGUAGCGGUUCCGGCUGUUCUGUGGCCGUUAAUUGCAAUCUUAUGGAUUUUCCUUCA